UGUUUCCAUCUAUUUCAAUUGCUCUUGACUUGGAAAUGUAUGAAAUGUAAUGAAGUGUUUGCUCAAAUGAUUAUUCAUAUCGAAUUCUGAACAUUGGCUGACCUUGUCACCUUUCCUUUGAGUAGUCAAUGAAUAAAAUAUAACUGUCUUAGGGCCGAGGCCGAGGCAGGGGCCGCGGUGGUAGGAGGGGUAGAGGCGCGGCCAAAAGGGUGGCAUUUAGGGACAUGCCGCCGGAAGAUGAAAUUGAAGAAGCCGAACCGGCUGCCGACGCUGAGCCUUCCAAAGCUGCCAAGAGGUUGAAAUCUGUCAUGAAACUCAGCAAACUUCUGGCGGCCAGCAAGGUGGGAGAACAGCGGGCUAAAGCUGGCCCAUCUCCAUGGAAGAAAGCCAAGAUGUUCAAGAUGUUUGGCGCUGGGAAGAAGGACAAAGAUUAUGCCAAACUGAUGUCAGCUCGUCGCAUUGACAGCCAGGAGAGUCUGAGCGACGGACCAGCACUUACAGGACCAAUUGACAGCAAGACAGAGACCCGCAGCCGCUUGGGCAAAGCUCUGAAGAAAAUUAACCUGGGCAGCAAACUAAAGGGUCGCCGCAUGUCACAGAGUAGUGUGAGUCGGAGCUCCGCCACAGGCAGCGAGAGGGAUGAGGAAGCCUCGCAAGUUGCCAGUGAAGAUGACCAGAAAUCUAAAGUGUCAAUUAGCGUGACAGAGAGCGAGCCAGAAGCGGGCGUGAGUGGAAGUAGCAAGGAGAAAGACUCUGAUGCAGAAUCCUCAGAGAAAAGCAGUGUUGACAGGGAUUAUCUCAAAGUAGAUUUGGACCGGGACGAUGCUAAUGAAAGCACCGUGGACUCUGAGGAGGAGCCUGAUGAAGAACCGGGGGACUCUGAUGAGGAAAGUAAAUCAAAAUCUGAGGAGGAAGAAUCGGAGCGGGAGUCAGGUAGUGCGAAAGAAUCUGGCACUGAAAGAGAGUCAGGAUUAGACAGAGAGUCAGGGACAGAGGACGAAUCGGAUUCUGAAGAGGGAUCUGAGUCAGAGAAGGAGUCAGAGACAGAGAAGCAGUCAGAGACAGAGAAGGAGACUGAGUCUGGGACGGGUACCGCUACAGAGAAGGAAACUAGCACAGAGAAAGAGUCAGGAUCAGAGGAAGACUCUGAGGAGGAGUCAGAAGAGGAAGGCUCAAGGAGUGCACAAGAAAGUGGUUCUUCAGCUCGAUCCUCUGUGAGAUCAUCUGCAACCAAGUCCAGUGAGAGUGCCAGUGGCAGUGCUAGUGCUAGUGAGAGUGCUAGUGCGAGUGGUAGUGGAAGUGGAAGUGGUAGCAGAACUGAAAGUGGCAGUAGAAGCGGUAGCGUCAGCAGUGCCACCUCUUUGUCCGGUACAAGUGUGGGUUCUUCACAAAGAAGCAGAAGUGUGGUGACGUCUGAGAAAUCCAGCGAAGUACUCAGCGAGGAUGAGUCUGGUACGGGAACCAGCAGUGAGCCUGAAUCAGGGACGGGACUGGGUAGCAGCUCUGAGUCAAAGAGGGGUAGUGGUAGUGAGAGGUCAUCGCGGCGCUCAAGUCAGAAGUCCCAAUCUGGCUCCAGUGAAGCUUUGCCCUCUGCUAGCGAGAGUGACCGCAGUUCAGUUGCCAGUGAAGAGAGUUCAACAAGGUCCCGGUCCACGAGUGGCAGUCGGCGUUCCCAGAAAUCUGUCCUGACUCAGGACACGAUUACUGAAGAGAGCGAGGAAGACGAGGAAUCGGAAACUGCUGAUGAAAGCAAAGAAUCGUCGAGUGAACUCAGUGACGACCCAACCAGCGACUCCAGCGUCCCUGGACCUUCAGCGCCUUACACAGGUGUUCCAUACCGUUCUGACGUGAGAAGCACGGGUGACACCUCCGAAGAGACCUAUGGAGGACUGUCUCCGAUAACCGAAGUGGAUGAAGACGCCAUUUCCUCAGACAAAACCUCAGCCACCGGCUCUGGAUCAGACACCAACAGCGGUUCUAAAGACUCAGAAGCUUCCUCAGAUUCUGAGUCAGAUGGAAACUCGACAGCCUUCUAGUGGUUCAUGUUGCUGUCGUGAAGUAAGAAAAACUGCUGUGGGUUCCCCAUCUGAGUGUUUACAAAACUCUUCUGCAUGGUUUUAUCUCCAUUUUUCUAACUUUUAUUUCUCUACCAGCUUCUUCCUGGGAAGUGGAGUUGCAUGUGUGACUUCAAUAUUUUUUCUCCUGAAAUACUGAGUAACAAAAAUGUCAGUAGUGUAGUGUAUUUCACUCCCAUAAAGCUUCCAUCUCUACCGCUCACAUAUACGCCCAUGAGACGGAGCAUCUUACUGCUGCAAGUAUUUUGAAUUUGAGGCAGAUAUCGAUCAAGUUGCUCCUCCACCACAUUUUAAGUAAUGAAGGGAUUUAUUUUUUAUUUAUUCUCAUUGUAUAGGAGUCUUGUUGGUGAAGCAAAGAGUGCAGGUAGGGUUGACUGACAAAGGUGAUCUGCGGCUGUACUACUACAAAAGCUGUUGAUUUACACUACAUGAGAAUGUGGAGCUGAGAUUGUCAUACAGACUCACACAGUAUGGGGCGACGGAGUCGCAGCUUCAGUGUGUUUCAAGCGUCACAUUUUUACCAACCAAUCAGAUCCCAGAUUUUAUGGUGACUUUAUAUUCAUCAACAACUCACUGACCUGAAUGGUCUAAUGGGCCCAGAGACGGUGCUGUCCAAAUGUCAUGCCUCUCCGAUCGGCCUCCAUAACUUCUCACUAACUUAAAAUCCACCCACAGCUGACUGACCUAUUGUUUUAAUGUGCCUGGAGACAGGACACUUGCGACGACUAGGGUGCUAGCUGCCAAGUUGGGGGGGACGCACAGUUACAGAGGCGUAGCAGAAAGAGAAAAGGGGAAGCUUUAUGGGACAGCACUGGUUUCCUGUUGUUCAUACGUCUUUCCUUCUGGUAAAGAUUCAUGCAAAGA